UAUAUGCGCGUUUGUCGAGUUGACCGUUUGUUGUUGUGCAUAAAACGUGCGCGAAGCGACGCACUUGUCUGCGCCGCCGUCGAACCCGUGUACGCCUCCUCGCCGUGUAAUUCGAUGCCAUUAUUGCACGAUAAAUGUUGUGUUUUAUAAUUUUUUUAUAAAUUCAAAUUUCGCGUGAUAAACAUUUUUUUUUUCUCUCGUCUAUUAUCAGCUGUACGUCCGCGUCGUCCGAGUGUCGUGUAGUGGUUGUUGCGCGUAGUAGUGCGAAAUCCGCUGGCCGGUGUUAUCUCGUUUCGUGUGUUAUUGUGUUAUUAUUAUCACACGUACGCGCAGUGUGUUUGCUCGCUGCUGAUAGUAGAUCGGACCCGGUGUGCCGUUGAAGUUUUAUUUACACACACACACGUGAACGCAUAACGAUAAUAAAUACAUAAUACGCGUGUAUAGUAUUAUUAUUGUAUUUUAUUGUAAAACGCGUAACAUAAUUUAUAUUAUUUAUUGAUAAAAAAAAAAGAGCGUUAUCGCGGCGUGAACCAUAUUUACUUGUAUGUACGCGGAGAAGAUUGUACGCGACGGGGGGAAAAAAAAAAAAACGUGACAUACGCAUGGUGUGUGUGUGUGUAUAUAUAUAUAUAUAUACGGUACAUACAUACAUUAUAUACAUAUAAAUACGCCGUAACAAUAAUACUAUAUACCCGACACCGCUACGCGUGUAUAUAUGUAUAUUGUAUUCUGGUAUUCAUUCAUUAGAAAAAUAAACCCGAGUGCAUAAAUACGGCAUAUUAUUAUUAUUAUAACAAACAUCGAUUUCGUCGGACGGGUCGGUCGUGUCACGUCGUCGUCGUCGUCGCUGCUGCCGCCGUCGCCGCCGCCGCCGUCGUUCUCGUCAUCGUCGUCGUCGUCAAUUCGUCAUCGUCGCAGUCGUCCACCGUCGUGCACACAUCCAGCGUUGUCCGUCCUCGUACAACCGGUACUCGCUCGCCGUGUACAACCGCAGUACCUACCGUGAUAAUAGUAGUGGUACAACCUAUUAUAGUGUACACGGUACAUCGUGCGAUCGCAUAACAUAUUAUUGUACAUUACACGCGCACGUAAUAAACAAUAAUAUCAAUAAAAUACACAGUGGAUAUUUCACACCCCGAACAAUUAAUACUCGAUAUAAUAUUAUUAUUGUUAUAAUAAGUGUAACGUAAUUGAUAUUUACGGGCACAAACGAACGAAACCCCACACGCACACACACGCGCGCCCGCGUACGACGAAUCGGGUUUUUCCGUUAUGAUAUUCGGCCGUGUUGUUUUGAUCGCAUCGGCGGGCCCCGGUGUCAAUGACCUUUUCGCCGCUGCCGCGGUGCGUUUCGUGUUGACAACUAUGGCGGAGCAACGCGCGUCCCGCGUGCAUUUUUCCGGUAAACGCAACGUCCUCCGCAGUGUUUUGAAAAUUUUUUUAAAAAAAUGUGUUUUCGCAUAACAACUUAACAACAAUAACACUAAACGCUAUAAUAUAUAUAUAUAAUAAUAAUAAUAACAAUAAUAUUAUUAUUAUAAUAACAACAACAACAACAACACUCGAAAGCGUUGUUGUUAUACUUGCAACAUUAUUGUAAUAUAUUGUUAUUAUCGUCGCCGUCGUCUCCCGUAUACCUAGUAUACAUGUCUCGUCGUCGUCGUACUAAUACUGCUACUUAUUAUUGUUAUUACACCGCCGCAGCAUCAGCUACUACGUGCUAUAAUAAUAACGACGACGACAAUAAUAAUAAUAAUAAUAAUAAUAAUAUUGUGAUAUCGCGGAAACGAGUUCAGCAGAUAAUAUACAAAUUCGCGUACGACUACCGCGCAGUAACAACAACAAUAAUAUUAUUAUAUUUUCGUACUCCGCCGCGGCUGUUCGAGUGUUUUACUUCAUUUGUUAACAAAAACAAGUGUGCGUUCGCGACCCGCCGCCACAGUAUUCUAAUUCCAACGGAUAAGUGCGUCACAACACUACCAUUAAUAAGUAAGUCCCUAGUUUUUGUUGUAAGAUAAUGUAUAGGUACAGUUCAUGCGAGCCUAAUGUGUCUAUUUUUUUUUUUUUUGUCGUCCUUGGUUAAUUCAAUAUUAUAAAAUCAAUAAUAAAUAGUAAUAAUGUCGUAAAGAUAUUGUGUACCGAAUAUGGUCGAAUAAUAAUAUAAUUUAAGGGUGUUGCAUAAUCGUCGGGUCAAAAAAAAAAACAGAUUAGCACGUACUCGUGAUUAAUAAUGUAAACAAAUUGAAAUGAAACAUAUUAUUACAAGGAUUCUUAAGUCUAAAAAAAUAUUAUUUUACGUCCACACAAUGUUUUGAUAAGUAGAAUUAUCAGUAGAUACUGAUUAUCAAUAGGUAUCUAUACAAUGUUAUUAUUUACUUCUUAUUAUUGAUAUUUUACUAUUUUAUUGACUGAAUGCCCUAAUAGUCAAAAUAUAAAUUAAAUAUUGAUUGUCGACAAAUUGUACAUUUACAUAUUUUAUAUAUAUAUAUAUAUAUAUUUUUAAAACAUCUAAUAAUAUUUUGUUGGUGAGCAGUAGAUAAUAGUUUUAUUUUAUUUGUCUUGUUUUGAUCUGAUUUUGAAUGUGUGCAUAAGUAAUUGUAGAUUUGUAGCAAUAUUAGGUUUAUCCACAUUUCUGUUUAUUGCAUUUAUUUGUACCUCACCUGAGCUUGCAGUAAGUCUUAAAGAUCAGUCAAGUGGUAUUAACUAUAAUUGAUUAUUAGGUAACAAAUAGUACAUAGUAUUUCUUAAGAGCUUUUUGGUAUGUAGGCCACUUACAAUUUGUUUGCAUCACAACCAAUGUAUACUACUUAGUUUUGUUAUUGUGAACUUGUCUUAUUUUAUAGGCGAUUUAAGAAAUGAUUUAAUUAAUAUGUAUAUAGGUAAUCAAAGAAUACUAUUAUAAUGUUGUUGUUUUUUUAUUUUAAAAUAAUUUAAAGGUGGUUAUGUUGUAUGAUCAGGUUGGAUAGAAUUAGAAAUGAGUAGGUAUAGAAGAAGUAGGUAGGUCAAGGAAAAAGUGGCUAAAGUUUUGUGUGUAGUAUAGAUGAAGUAAUGGUUAUGGGUAAGGAAAUAUGGAGGUCGAUAAUUAUAAAUUAGUACCUAGAUUUAGUUGACUCUCCUUUGUUGGAUAGUAAUAAAUGCAAUGCAAUUAUUAUGUACCAAUCAAUACCUGUUAUAUAAAAGGCUGCAAUUUUAAAAUUGUAAUACAGUUGUACAAUUGUGGUAUGAUCAUUCUAAGAGUUAUUAUACAGUUUUGGAAUGUUUGUUAAUAGAUACAAGUUAAUAUAGAUAAAAUUUCCUGUGGCUUUAUCUCUGGUUUUGAUACUGUUCCUCCCUGUCUUAGAUCAUACACAUUAUGUACCUAUAUGUAAUAGUACAUGAUCUAAACUCUUAAUUCACCUUCCUUCAUCUGUGAUGACAUUGGCAAUGGUGUCAUUGAUACUAUCUAAUCCACCAAACUCAAUCUCUUCAACUGAUUCAUGAACAAUGUCAUUGAUAAAGCUCUGGAUAAAGCUAUCUUAGAUGUCACCAGUGUCAACGAGGAUGAACAUAUGGAAUUCCAAAAUAGUCGGAAUUAUCAUUUAUGUAUGGGUUGAUAAAAUGUUGUUAAAAAGCAAAUUCAAAAUAAAUGUGCCUGUUGAGGAGUAAGUACAAACAAAAAAAAACUUUAUUUGAAAUCGGUACCUAUCUCCUUAUUAAUAAUAAUAAAAGUAUUUUAUAGGUUUCAAUGGAAAUCAUUUUUUUUAAAUAUUUUACAGCUACAUUACUGUUAUUUUGCUAGGUACAGUAAACAUAUUUCUCUAGGGUUUGUUUAACAAAUAUUUUGAUAAAUUUACUUACACACAUACUAACCAAAUUGAAUAAUAAUAAUAAUAAAAACAAAAAUAGGAAUAGUUUAUAAAAUAACUAACUACCUAAAUAUUAGUGUGACAGAUGCUAAAAAUUAAUUUCUUAUUUGUGAAUAAAAUGCUGCAUAAGGUAUAAUAUGUUAUUUAUUUUUAUUUGAGUAGAUAUAUAUCUAUUAACCCAAUAGUACAUAAUUACAACAAUUUAUUUAAGUAUUUAGAAUAUAACUACCUAAAUGGAAAACCAUAUUCAAAAUUGAUGAACAUGAUAUUUAUAGUAUUUACUUGAUUAGAUUAAAACUUAUUUUUGUCUGUUUGGUUGUAUUGCAGCAUUAUAGUUAUUACAGUAAAAUAUAAGUAAUAUAUAGAUAGGUAUUAAGGAAAUUGAAAAUUGUCCAUGAGUCCCAUAGGGAGUAUUUUCUGUUGAAUAAUUUAGCACAUUAUUGUUACUAUAGGUUCAGCAUAUUAAGGACUAACGUUUAACUAUAAAUAAUUUGGAAAAUAUGGAAAAAAAACAUUAGUAUUAUGUUUGCUGGAGAAUCUUAUUGUUGAAGUGGUGACUUAGAAAGUGAAUUUUUAAUUAGGAUUGCUUUUGAAAGAUAAUUGAAUGUCUUAUUGUUUCAUUUAACUCUGAAUAAAAAUAAUUAUUAAACUUGAGUCUUAAUGAAUUUUAAUAUAGAUUCAAUUUUAUAAGAUUUGCUGAAUAUUCUAAGAAUACUACUCUUAGAAAAAAAAAAUGCAAAUAGAUAAGUACCUAUUAUAAGAUGAAAUAUUUUUCACAGACUCAACUUAUUUGCUAUUAUAUUAUUGUAGGUACAGAUAUUAAUUUUUUUGUAUCUGGUUUACAGUUACCCAUUUUCCACUUCAACUGAGCAUUUGAAUUUCCUUAAAAUCCCUAUAUGAGGUAACUCCCGUAUCUUCCUUUAAUUUUCCUUUGAACAAGUUACACGGCCGUCCUGUGGUUUCAUUUCUUGGUCAUACCGACUAGAAUGAUAUUGUGUCAAUCUUCUGGAUUGGUAUAUUAUUAUUUGUCCAAUUAUUUCCAUACAUGUAUUCUAAUAUUUUCAUAAAAUUGCUUUUUUCUCCAUCACUAAUAUUGGCACUUUCCCAUUAGUCCUUCUCUCCAUCCAUUUCCUGUAAUUGCUAUAUUUUCAUAGCUCUUAAUUUUUUCUCUUCACUUUUAUUAACAAUCCAUGUCUCACAUUCAUAAGUCACAAUAACUCAAACCUUUUUUAUGGAGCGAGGAACAGUUCUGGGAGAGGUCUGGACAUUCCAUCUCAAAUAAAUAUCACUAAACUUAGACAUUUUUGAAAUAAGAUAAAUCACACACAAUACUUAAUAUAGAUACCUACCCAAUAAAUUAAAUAUAAAUUUGUUCAAAACACCAAGAAAAAAAGAAAGUUAUAUAGGUGGAAUGGUUGGGUACUUAGUUCUCUAUAAUUCAGUUCACUCAUCCAAUUCAAAUUUAACAAACAAUUUUUUUGUUGUUUUUCCGGUUUUUCAACUUUUUAAACCUUUUUUAUGUACAAAUCUGUCUUCUGAAUGAAAAAAAAAAAAUACAGGAAGUUUAUAGCUUGUAAAUUUAUCACCUGACAUGUAAUAGUUAAACCAAAGUUAAUUAGUUGUUUCUUUUUGUGUUUAAUCUAUAGAUUUAUUUAUGUUUUACUACUUCAAAAAUUAAAUGCAUUAACAAUUAAACAAAUCCGAAGACUUGAAAAUAAAAACGAAAUAAUACCUAUCUCUUUAAUCUUAUUUAGGUAUUUAAUUAUUCAUUUUUUGGAAUACAUUGAUUUUAAUUGAUAAACUUAAACUUACCUAGCAUUUUAAACAUUAUUAAUGAGGCGAGGCUUGAACUUAUUAUUAUUUUUAAUAAAAUUGAUCAAUUUUCUUUGGAUUUAUGCCCUUAAUUAUUCUAAUAUAAAUAUUAUUUUAACACAAAUGUCAUUUUUGUUUUAAAAACCUCUUUUGUGAAAAUUUAGAGUUUCAAUAUUUAAUUCGUAAAAAAUACCUAAUUCAUUAUUUAAUAUUAAUUAUGGUGAAGUCACCACCUAUAGUCCAUCUUAAGAAUUUUUUCUAUUAAUAUUUCAUUUGAUCUAUUUAAUCUUUUAUAAUUAUUGAAAAAAAUUAAAACUAAACCAUAAAUACACAAGUUUACAAAUAGUUACUAAGUUCAAAUUUCAAAGUCUGAAGAACAUUAUUGAAUGAAAAAUUAGUAUUAACAUUUUAAAAUUUCAUUUUCUCAUUUUAUGGCCAUUUUAUGUUAUCUAUUGUUUUGUAAUAAUUGAUAUUACCAAGUAAAUUCAUUAUUGUAAAUGGAUACAACAAUAAUCAAAUGGCUUGUCAACUUACAAAAUUAUACUAUUUAGGAAUAAAAUAAAAUUUGAGUGGGCAAACCAGGGAUAAUGGCCAUAAUGUCAUAACAUAACCCAACUAUUCUUAAUAUUAAAUACAUUUUCAAAAGAUAGUUAAAUAUGAAAAACCUAUACAAAUAAAUGAAGCAAUUUUUCAAAUUUAAAUUUAGUACAUUCAUGUGAUACUAUAAUUUAAAAUAAUAAUAUACCUAUCGGUGUCUGAGUCUGGCACAUACAAUUUUUAUAUUUUAUUACUCAUGGAAAUUCAAGAAUUUUCAUUGAAACCAAGCAUAUAUUUUGUUGGUUUCAAAGAAUAUAUGUUUUUAUUAUAAUUUAUCUAUUUAUAUAAAUUUAGAUUUAAUCUAUUAUUUUUUUUAUUAAGAUCUAUUUAUCUAUAUAAAACUCAGGUUCAUGACUAUUGAGUUGUAAAUAAAUACCUUACGAGUAGUUAAAAUGUAUUGUAUGCCACAACAUAUUAACAGCAUAUUUAGUUCAUUACCAACAAAAAUGGUAAAAUUUAAAUCCUGUUUAUUUUUAACAGAAACUUAUUGUAUUUUAACCAAUCUUAUUGCAUUCCACAGAGGAUAUAUAAAACCACUAGCAUAUAUUAUAUUUAUUUUUUUUAUUUAUCGAGCUUGUUUUAUUUGGUCAAAAAUAAUGAGUAACUUAUAUAAACAUACUAAUAAUAAUAAUUAUUAUUUAUAAUUGUUUAUAAUAUUUUUCAGAUUUACUAUGUAAAAACAUUGUAUUAUAAUGUGUGGUGAGUUUGACGAAAUACGCUGUUUACGUGACAGCUGCCCUGGCGUGGGUGGAUGUCGACUAUGUGGGAAUUUUUCUUCCAAUAUAUACCAUGAACAUUACAACUAUUCAAGACCUUUAACUCUAAACAAAUUUUCCAAAGUAUCACCAAAACGUUACCGAAAAUCAUGGUUGUUAACAUCAAAAUCUGUGUGGAAGUCUGAUUUUCUUUGUAUAGCCCUAUGGUGUGUUGUUAUACUUAUUGUUAGUCAAGCUUCCGCAGAACAGUAUCAUACACAGAUUACGUCUACACAAUCAACUACUAAUUUUAGUGAACCCAACAUUAUACAUACGAGAAGUAAGUUUAAUUUAAUUAGAGUUAUUAUAAUUGUUUAGUUAUUUUACUUAAAAUAAUAUUAAUUUAUUUAUAUUUUUGUAGUAUGUCAAAGUAAAGACAUUAGAAAUAAAGCAGAGAAUCUAAAAAGUCUACGUGGUUGCAGAGUAAUUGAAGGAUUUCUUCAAAUAGUUUUAAUUGAUAAUGCAAAUGAAACGAGUUUUGAGUCGCAAUCAUUUCCUGAAUUACGUGAAAUUACUGGUUAUUUGUUAUUGUAUAGAGUAAAUGGAUUAAAGUCACUUGCAAAACUUUUCCCUAACUUGUCAGUAAUUCGAGGACAAGAUUUAUUUAUGUCAUAUGCCAUUGCAAUUUAUGAAAUGGUUCAUUUGGAAGAAUUGGGAUUAUACAAUUUAAUGAAUAUUGUUAGAGGCGCUGUUUACAUUACUAAGAAUCCAAUGCUUUGUUUUACACAAACUAUUGACUGGAUACGAAUUGCACCAUCUGGAAAAGAAUCGCACAAUAUCUAUGUAAAUAUUUGACUUUACUAUAAAAAUGUAUACAAAUAGAUAUUUCAAAUGUUAAUCAUUUUUAUAUAUAUUUAUAAUUUUUGUUACCAGGAUAAUCGUCCUGGAAAUGCAUGUCCUGUUUGUCCUUGGAAAAAUGAUGCAAAUUGUGCUGUUUCCCACAAUACUAAUGAACCUCUAUGUUGGAAUACUGAUCAUUGUCAAAGAAGUGAAUAAUGCCAGUUUUUUUUUCUUCAUGAGUUAAAUAUUUGUAAAAUUUUAUAAAUUAUAAAUUAUUUUUAGUUUGUUUGCCGGAAUGUGGUAAUAAUAGUUGUCGUCCGGAUGGAGAAUGUUGUCAUGAACAGUGUCUUGGAGAUUGUAAUGGUCCUAAGCAAAAUGAUUGUUAUGUUUGUAAAUAUUUAGAAGAUGAUGGAGAUUGUGUGAAAGAAUGUCCACCUGGUACAUUGAUAGUAAGUCACAAAAAUACUAACCAAAAGAGUUAUAUAUAAUUAAUGUUUUUAUUUUGUAGUAUCAAAAUAGGCGUUGUGUUUCGGAAUUUGACUGUUAUCGUAUGCCAAAAUCAAGAGUAGACUCACAAAAUGGAUUACAUUUACAAUCAUGGAAACCAUUUAAUAAUACAUAUUGUUUAGUGGAAUGUCCUCCUGGUUUUGAAGAAGUUCCAACUGAUAAUAGUUAUGGAAAUGUUUUUAAAUGUGAAAAAUGUUCAGGUAAAUUUAUUACUUGUAUAAUAUUAAUUUAAAAGUAGAUAUAAUAAUACAUUGGUUUUUUGAUAUAUAUGUAGGACCAUGCCGUAAAGUGUGCAUUGCAGCAAAUGUAGAAAGUAUACAGUCGGCACAGAAAUUAAAAGGAUGUGUUAUUAUUAAUGGAUCAUUGGAAAUACAAAUACGUGGUGGUAGUAAGUAAAAAUAAAAUGUGUAUCAACAUACAUGAUCAAGUUUAUUGCUUUUAGAGUUAUCAUUGAAUUAAUAUUGAAUUUUCUAAUUUGGUUUAGUGUGUUCACCAUUUCGAUUGUUACAGGCUGAUCUAUCUUGGAGCCUAUUAGUGUAAAGCUUUCUAAAACACGUUUUUUUACUUGUGGCUCUGGUAGGCUUGAUAUCAUAGAUACACUGGGAAUGUUAGGGCAUGUCAAAGUUCAAUAUGGUACUAUGUGACCUUACUCUGAAAUUAUAUUUUUGACACUGCUUGGCAGAAAUUUUUGCGAGUUGAUUUUUUAUUAUCAUUUUACUUUUUCUUAGUUAUCACAAAUUAUAUAAUACUUAAAUAUGUUUAAUUUAUAAUUAUUGCUUUAUCCUGUGUUACCCUAGUUAUUGUUAUAUUUCGUUAUUUUCAUUUGUAAAAUGUGAUCAAACUAUGUGGAUGAUGUUUAUCUAGAAUUUUUUUUAAGAUAUAAAGGAGGUGUAUUUUUAUUUUUAUAAUAACAGUGCAUCUAAUGUAACUUAACAAUGUUUUCAAUAUUCGUCAAACUACUAUUAUUAACAUAAAUCUAGGGUUACCAAAAAGGUCAUCAUUUUGUAUGAAAUUUUAAUUCAAUGUUUAUAUUAUUACAUUAAAUAGGUAAUCAUACAGAUCAUUUUAAAAUAAUAAAUUGAUUAUAAGUAUAAAAUAAUGAAAACAAAUUAAAUAUUUCUAUUAAAGUUAUAUUAAGGUACAUUUAUAUUUAGAGGUAUUUUUUAAAGCAUUUAAUUCAUUUUUAUUAAAAUGUAUUAAAUGAAAACACAAACUAUUCAUACAGCUGAAAACAUGUUCAACAAAUGUAUUAAUAUUGUUUAGUGGUGUUAAAGAUAUUUAUAUCAAUCUCUUGUUCAUUGGCAAAAUAUUCCUAAACUGGUAGAUUAGUGGAGCAUUAUUUGUGUAAUGGUGCAGCUUUCGAAAAAUCUUACACAACUUUCCACUUACCUAAAAAAACUGCAUACUUAUUUCAUCUGUUUGAUAGAAAUUAAAAAUGCUAACACCAGAAUUUAUUUUAACUAAAAUUUCAUUCAUUGAAAUUUUUUUUUAUGCAUUGUUAUUUGAAAAUCAAAAGUUGGUAAUAGUCUUCUACAAUUAGGAUGACAAAAAAUUAUGUUCAUGAAAUAUUUUAGAGCUGUUUGUUUUGUAAUUGUUCUAAACAACAAAUUCUAAAAAAAGUUAAUAUUUUCAAGAUAAUGAACAUAUAUAUUAAUAUUUAUUUUUUUUUUUUAUUAAUAAUUAUAGCCAAAUUUGCAGUAAACUUUAGCUCCUUAAACUUGAUCAUGGAUGUUGAAUAGUUUUUCAAAACAUCAAAAAAUUAAUGAAAUGUUAAAUAAUAACUUAAAAUAUUAAUUUUAUUAUUUAUGUAUUUGUAUUUAUUUAUGUUCAUGUUUUAGUGAAUAUAGUCAAAGAAUUAGAAGAAAGUUUAAGUAUGAUUGAAGAAAUUACUGGCUAUUUGAAAGUAGUUAGAUCAUUUCCAUUAGUAUCAUUAACAUUCUUAAGAAAAUUACAUGUCAUUAGAGGAGAAACAUUAGAAAGUUCUAAGUAAAUAUCUUAUAAAAUAUAUAAAAUAUUUUUCAUGUAUGCACUAUUUAUUUAAAAUAAAUGUAUAUUUUUUUAUAUUUAUUAAGGUAUGCAUUAGUUGUAUUAGAUAAUCAAAAUUUAGUUGAAUUAUGGGAUUGGAAUACUCGAAAGCCUGAUGGUGAAUUACAAAUUGAAAGAGGACAGAUAUUUUUUCACUUCAAUCCAAAACUUUGUAUAUAUAGAAUAAAACAAUUACAAACAAAAUUAGGUGAUAGAUUUAAAGUAGUUGAUGAUUUAGAAGUGGCACCAAAUUCCAAUGGCGAUAAAAUAGCAUGUGAGAAUAAAUAUAAUAUUUAAAAAAAAAAAAAAUUAUUUUUAUUUUUUAUUGAUAUAUUAUUUUCCAGGUAAAGUCUCAGUACUUAAUGUUUCUACAGAAGUUAUUAAAUCAAAUUCUGUUAUUUUAAAGUGGUCACCUUAUUCUCAUUAUGAUACUCGUACAUUGUUAGGAUAUGUAAUUUAUUAUUUAGAAGCCCCAUAUCAAAAUGUUUCUUUAUAUGACGGCCGAGAUGCUUGUGGAGGAGAUGGGUAAAUUUUAAUUUCAUAUGAUGUAAAUUUAUACUUUUUAAUUGUAAUUUAAUAAAUUAUAUGCCUAGAUGGAAGACUGAUGAUGUUGAAUCAACAGAAACUGUAUCUGAUUUAGUUGCACUUCUGACAGGUUUAAAACCAUACACACAGUAUGCAUAUUAUGUAAAAACAUAUACAAUGGCUUCAGAAUCUAAUGGUGCUCAAAGUGAAAUAAAUUACUUUCGCACAAUGCCAGGAAGUAUGUUUUUUUUUGUUUAAUAUAUUUUCAUACAUUCUAAAUAUUGUACUAUGUUUCUUACAGCUCCCAGUGCUCCACAAUUUCUUCAUGUGGUAUCUGAAACCUCUGAUAGUAUAACCAUUGAAUGGUUGCCUCCAGUUGAGCCCAAUGGUAAAAUUGUUGGCUAUAGAAUUAUAUAUUCAUCAAAUAACAUAUCUUGGGAUUCUUUACUGAAAAGGGAUUAUUGUCAGAAUAGUAAGUUUAAAUUAUUUAAUCAUUACUAUUUCUGUCAUAAAUUUAAUUUUUAUAUUAAUAUUAACUUAUUUUUCAGGCGUUGAUAUUAAAGAUUUGUCUGAAACUUAUACUGUCAGUAAAAAAGACAUAUUUUAUUUUGAUAAUGAUAAGAAAGAAAAUUGUAACUGUACAGUUCAGCCAGAAAAAAAACAAUCUAAAAUUAAAAAUGAGCAACAAAUCCAAACUAUGAUUGAAUUUGAAAAUAACUUACAAAAUAUUGUAUUUAUUAAGGCGUAUGUUGAGUCAGCUAUACUAUUUUUAGUUUUAACAUAUUUUUCAAAUUAUUUAAUAUCAAUUUGUUUUAGUGUUUCUAAAAAUGAUUCUCCUUCACCUAAGAAAAAACGCCAAGUGCAGAGUUAUGAUCCAAAUAUUAUAGAGUUUCCGAAUAGUACAAAUAAAGCUAAUCAACUAAAUGACAAUCAAGAAGAAAAUCGUACGUACAAUUUAAUAAUAAAUGUAUAUUUUAGAUUCUGAGCAAAGCGAGGAAUGUAUUGGUUUUACAAUGAUGUUUAUUUUUAUUUAUUUCUUUCUGUGAAAAACUUUUCUACCAGCAAUUUUGCUUCGAUUUUCAAGUGUAGCACUUUUUCUGAAAGGAAAUUUAUUCUUGUGGUACAUUAGGGAGGUCAUUUUUUCAGUUGUUUUUAUAAUAAAUGGAAAAACAAAAUAAUUUAUGAAAUGCAUUGUUUUCAAUUUUUUGUUUUGUUUUGAUUCAUUUAAAAAUAUUUGUAGAAAUUAUUGUAGUUUGUACAGAAAACUUAUAUUUGCCUUUUCUAGACCUGGUAAAAUGUUCAAAACGUAGCCAUGUUUGAGCUGAUUAUAGACAUUUUAAUUUUACACGGUUUUUUUUAUGUAAUUUUUGUUUGGUAGGUACUCUAUGGAUAAAAUUGUUAUAUCAAAUUGAAAUUCUGGAAAAUUUAAUAGAAAGUUCAUUAUAAAUCAUACUUAUUUGUCAUAAAAAAAAAAAAAAUGAGUUUAAUGUUUUAUUUUCUUUAUACAAGAAUUCUAUUAUCAAAUUUUAGUGAAAUUUGUCAAUAUUACAAAGCAACACUAUUAACUAAAAUCCACUCAGAAUCGUUUUUUGUUAGCAAUGUUUAAUCAUUGCGUACAUAUAUACAUUAAAUAUUCCCUCUACCUUUCCAACUUCUCACCUACAAUAGUGCACCUAUCGUGCAAAUUAUGUAUAAUUUUUUAGUUUAAAUUAAAUACAAAUUAAUAAAGUGAAUGUUAAAGAUGAUUUAAAACUUAUAAUAUUAUGUUUAAUACCAAAUUAAAAAUGAAUCUAGCUACAAAAGACACAUUGAAACUUGAAUGACCAAUGAAAAAUAGUUUUUUUGUACAUUAUAGUUACUACUUUAUUUUUAUUCCUCCAUUUUUAAUGACAUGGAAAUUAAAUUUCUUAAUCUUCUAUUAAUUUUCUUCUGUAAUAAACAAUGUUAUAAAAUAUUAUUAUCUAUGUUUAAAUAAUUUAUACUGAAAAUGCCAGAGAAUAUUUUCAGUUUACCUUUAAGUCCUUAUUAAACUCAAAAGGUUAGGUUUUAUAUUUUUUUUAAAUUUUGAACCAGUUCAAAUAUUGUGGUAUUUUAGUGUUUAGUUUAAAAUGUGACUGAUAAUUCAAUUUAUCAUUAAUAUUUGUAUAAUAUAUGUACAGGGUAAUUCAUAAGUUAUGUUACAGCUAUUUUAUCAUGUAAAUAUUAUAAAUAAAGAAAAAUAUAUACCUGAUGAUCUAUUUAAAUGGGUACACUCAUUAUCUCAGAAAGUAUUUACUUUUUUCCGAAAUUUGAUUAUGAAACUUCAAAACAUAAUUUCUCAAGCUUUGAAUUUCAAUCUCCUAGAUUAAAUAAAUAAAAACAAUUACACAUUAUUUUUAAUGUUUAUAAAUCAAAAAACUUUUUACUGUUCACUUUUUAUUAUUUUAAAUAUUAACCUGAUAAAAUGGUUGUAACAAAAAUUUUGAAUCACACUGUAUACAUACAGUGAAAUCUGUCUUAAUGGACAAAAUAAUAAGGUCCAUGCCAGUGCCGUAAUAAGGUACUUUAAAUUAGUAUCUAGAUACAGAUAUAUUUGAUUCUAAAGUAUCUAGAUAUAGAUACAAGUAUCUUAAAAUAUAUUUAAGAAAACAGACAAUUUUGUUAUAAAUAUUUAAUUCAUUAAAAACAUAGAAUUACAAAAUUAUAACAAAACAAGUAGUGGGUACAUGAUUUGUAAUACACUCAUUGUCAGUUAUAAUAAUUAAUAUAUAGCAAUAUUAAAAUAUUGGUUAAUUAUUGGUAAAUAUAAAAUAAAUAAUGGAUAUUAACAACUUGUUAAUACACAAUAGUCAUACACUCAUACAUAAUAAUUUAUAAUAAUAAAGAAAUCAUAAAAUAAUAUAUAUCAACAAUAAAUUGUUGAUAUUUUUAUUUAAAAUAAAUUAUAUUUUAGAACUUAACAUUAUAUUUUUGUAUUUUGUUGAUACAAAAAAAGUAUCUAGGUAUAUUACAGCACUGGUCCCUGCAAAAUAAUAAGUAUUCUAAUGUAUUUUGACCUAUCUAUAAUGGACUCUUUCUAUUAUGGACAUAAAUAAUAAUAUUUUUCACCAAUACCUUAAUAACAGACAACUUGGUUCAAAAUCAAAUAUUUUGCAAAUGUAUACAGUGUACGUAUGUACAUAUCACGCAAUAGCAUUAACUAUUUCAAAAUACCGAGUAUGACAAAUUACAUGUUUGAUAAUAAGAAUAAAGAUAAUUGAAAGGAUGAAAAUAACCAAAAACGCGUAUCAAACUUAAAGAUUAUUCAGUGUGUAAAAAUUGCUUCGCUAUUAUAGUGUUGUAUAUUUUACUUAGUUCAUUUAAAUUUUACCUUUGCAAUGCCACCUCCAGUACCUGUGCAUUACAGACACCUGUCUAUAACAAACAUUUUCCAUGGUCUUAUAACUAUCCGUUAUAUAUAGGUUUCAUUGUAUAUAUAUACGAACAAUAUGAGGAAACAUAGUAGAUAAGAUUUUGUAUUGGAUCAAUGGUAAAUAAACUAAUACUCAAGUUAUUAGAAUUGAUUUAAUGUAUUCAGUAUUAAUAAGAUAGUUAUAACAAUAAGUUUUAACACAGGUAAUGCUAUUGGGUUAUAGUGCAUGGUGCUCGUCCAUACGGGUGAAUGAAUUCUUUGAAUCCAGCCACGCAAUGUCUGAUAUACCAACCGCAACAAUGUAUUAUUAUACAAUUAAUUUUUUUAUUUAUUUAUUUAUUUUUUUUUUAGGUGGUAAUUCAGUUUUUGUUGAUAGCAAUACAUUAACGUAUACACUGAAAGAAAAUUUAACUCAUUUUACUGAUUAUAAUAUUGAGUUAUAUGUUUGUCGAGAAGUUCAUAAAGAUGAAAAUAUAUCAGAUGGAAUUAGUCAUUGUAGUUUACAAAAAGCAAUGACUACAGCUAAAACAAGCAAAAAGGGUAAGAUAAAUGUAUUCAUGUAUAGAUUAAAUGUAUUUUAUUUAUUUAUACAAAUUAAAGCCUAUAAUGUUUUGACUAUAAUUUAUCACUGUUUUCAUUAUAAAAAUACGGUAUUAGAAAAAAAGAGCUCUGGAAAAAAAAGAUUAUUUAAUAUUUAAAAAACUGCAAUCAAAUAUUCUUACAACAACCGAUAUGGAUAAAUUGACUACAAAUAUACUAAAAUUAUUAUUUAAAAACCUAGAGUCCAAAUAUUCUUACAGCAUAUCAUUUUUUACUAUCCUGUAUAAGAUCUUUCAAGCAAUAAAUCGGAUAAAUAAGAUAAAUAUACAUAGGUAAAUAGAUUUCUAACAAAAGUAUACCUACAUCAUAAUAUCCUGUUUAGUAUGGUUUUUUCGUUCAUCAGUUAUUAUUUUUAUGUGAUGGAAGUUAAACCUAAACAAUUUUUUUUAAGAUUCCAAUAACUUUUUUCCCUUUGUCAGGCCUUAUUUUUCCUAAGUCUGGGCUUUUUUAUUCUCAAUUCCAAUAAUAUAGUUAUAGAUUUUAUAAUCUGCAAAUUAUUAAUAGGCACCAGAACUUGCAUGAGUGCAACAAUUCCAAAAGAUUAGGUUUAAAUAUGGAAAUAUGAACUAGGUUUAUUCACAGAAAAGAAAAUCUGUUGUUUAAAUAUUUAUUACAUUAAUGUAUUUUUAAUUCUGAGCAGAUUGAGAAAUCUACUGGUUUUUGAUGUGUGUUUUAUGUUAAUUAGACUUCAAACAGAAGGUUGUUCUAAUUAAAAACUAUAACUUUAUGGUAGUAAAUUGGAUUUAGUUCAUUGUAGAAAUCAUUUUUUUUAUAAAUUAUUUAUACUGUACUAGUAUGCUAACAGAAAUUCUUGAAAAUUUUAUAUGAGGUCGAACUUGAAGUUGAAAAAAGUAGACUAUAAUGUAUUUUUUUUAUAUAUAUAUACACGUUUAAAGUUUAAAUUUGAAUGAAAAUUUUAAAAAUCUUGUCAUUUUUUAUGUUAAUUUUUUCAAUUAACGUUAAUUAAAUUUUUUAACCAAGCCAAACUGUUUGAAAAUUUUAACAAAGAGUUUAUCUUAAAUUAUAUUUCAUGUUUCAAAAACUUGAGUGUAAUAUAGUGGUUUAUUUUAUAAGCUCUUAAUUUAAGUUGUUAAUAAAAAUCUUAAAAAUCACAGCUUUUUCAUACAUGUAAGUGAAAUUCAGUUAACUUCACUUAAAAACAGAUAAAGAUUGAAUCACUUUAUGUAUCCAAACUUCUCAAUUUCCCACCUACAGCAGUAAAUCACCCAUCAGCAUUAUUAUUUCUUGUUUUUAAGUUAAAGUUUUUAGUACUUUAAUAAAUGUCAAGUCAAUUUUAAUAAAUUUUUCGGUUGCUAUCUCAGAACAUAAAAUUAUUAUUCACUUCCUGGGUUAAAAAAUUUAAUUUGUUGUAAUAUUUAUACCACCAAAAUCAGUUGUGUAGUUGGUAUACAUACAGUGCAAUGAAAUGAAAUAUAAAAUGAAGAUUUGUAUUUUGUGCAAAUAGUGCAUCAAAUUGUAACCUUUCAUCAUAAACCAAAUUGAUCAAAUUUAAUAUGGAAAAUCACUUUCCAAUCAUUGAUAGGCUAAAAAAUCAAAAGUAACAAUACAAUUAUUUGUAUAUUCAUUGAUUUUUUUCAAAUUAAAUAUACUUUUCUUAAUUUAUUUUUAAUGUAUUAUAUUUUAUUUGAUAUUAGAAUCUGCGGAUAGAAUUGAUCCAUCAACAAUUUCAACAGAUCGUACAAAUAAUUCUAACCCUCUAUCAAUUAAGAUAAUCUGGAAAGAGCCAGAAGGUUCCAAUGGACCUAUUGUCAGCUAUCUGUUGGAGUAUAAAAAAGUUGGAGAUCAUGUAUGUUCAAAAAAUAAUAACAAUUUGUCUGUAAUUAAAUCAUUUCAGAAUGAAAAUAAAAAAUUUGUUUGUAUUUUACUUAUUUAAAUAGCUUAACCCACCAGUGGUUUGUAUAACCAGGCAACAGUUUCAACAAAAUGAUAACUCACAUUAUUUGUCAAAUGUAGCCCCUGGUAAUUAUAGCUUUCGGUUACGUGUUCAGUCUUUAGCUGGAUUUGGAGAAUUUACACAGUAUAAACAUUUUUUCAUUCCUGUAAGUUUAUAAAAUUAUAUUAUAAAUUAUUAUUUUGUUAAUUGCAACUAAUUAUGAUUUAAGGAUUUGCCUUCAAUUACUACUACUCAAUUAAUGUGUAUCAUCUUAAUGGUAGCUGGAAUUAUAUGUUCUGUGAUUAUUGUGUUAUUCCUAAUUUUACAUCAUUACUAUAAAAAGAAAUUGGCUUCACAAAGGUUAUUUGCUACCUGCAAUCCAGAUUAUAUCUCUUGUAAUGUGUAUGGUAAGUACUAAUAAAAAUUAUUAUCCAGUAUAGAACUGUAAAGAAUUAUAUAUUUUUUAUAUAUUAUAUAAAUAAAGUAUUAAUUAUUUUAUAAUUUUAAAAAAAACUUUUUUAUUUCCUCUAUUGGUACAUAUCUCGCUUCAUUUCCCAUCAAUUUUGGGUCGACCACAUUAAUUCUAACAUUCCACUUUAUUCGAUCUCCUGCAUCAUUUAUGAAUAAUAUAAAUACUGAAUCAAUAAUAAAUUUUACUAAUUUAUUGUAAUUUUAAUUAUUAAAAAGUCAUAUAUUUCUAUCAUUGUUUUCAAAUUUGAAUGUCAAUCCCUGUGGGAUAGAAUCCAAAUACUCUCACAGUACCUGUUGUAAGAGGCACAAAUAGGAUUGUGCCAGGUCGACAGUCAGUGUAAAGAAUUUGUCAAAUAGUUUGAAGAGUCCUAAACAAGAUUUUAAAAUUGUUUCAUUUUUGAUGUAUGGAGAAAAAAUAAAGACAAUAAUGUUUAAUAUAGAAUUAAGUGUGAUUAGAUUAAGUGGAAAGAGAAGUGUUAGGUGUUUUAUGUAAUAAGAGAAUUCUAGUGAUAUAUAACAGUAAGUUCCACAUUAGUGUGGUGAGACUAACUAUGUUGUAUAGUUUAGAAUGUUGGGCAGUAGAUAGCAAAUUAAUAUCAGAGAUGAGUAUACCUAGGUGGAUGAGUGAAGUAACAAGAGAAGAUAAGAAAUGAUUAAAUAAGAAGAAACAGAGAAAUUAGACUGAGAUGGUUUAGCGUGUUUUUAGAAGUGAAGAAUUAUAAACAGUCAAAAUAGUAUUCAAAUAAAUGUAAGAAGAAAUAUAGAGGAAGACUGAAAAAGAGGAGAUUGGAUGCAAUUCAGAAUUGUAUGAGGGCACUCAAGAUUCAUCAUCACAUUUUUGAAAUAUUAUAGAUAUUUCAUUUUUUAAUAAAUUUUAUUAAAUUAAAUUAAAUUUAGUUUUUAAUUAUUGUUCUGAUAUCUUGAUUAUUUGUCUUAAUGAAUUAGAUCUGAAGUAGUUAUAUGGCAUUGUUAAAAGAAGUUAGUAGUAGUUCUAACUACUACUAAUACUACUAUAAAUAAUUUGUAUUAUUCAAUGAUAUCCAAACCUAACUUAUAGAAUUUCUGCCAAUGUUUAUUAUAAUUUAUCAUUUUUUUAGAUUCCUAUGGCUACCGACCCGAUGAAUGGGAAAUUCCACGUAGUGAUGUUGAAGUCUUAGAACCAUUAGGUCGUGGCUCUUUUGGCAUGGUGUAUCGUGGCAAAUGGAAAAAAAAAGAUGAAAUAAUACCGUGUGCUAUUAAAACUGUUGCUGAAAAUAAUAAUAUGAUGGUUCGACAUGAUUUUCUAUCAGAAGCUAAUGUUAUGAAGUAAGUUUAAACUAACAAAAAUAUAUUAUUUAUUAAUUUUGAUUUUUAGAAUAAAUAUAUUAUAUUAUGUGACCUUACUUUAUUUCUGUACAUAUUGUUAAAGGGAAUUUUGUACUGCUCAUGUUGUUCGUCUUUAUGGUGUUGUGUCACAAGGUCAACCAGCAUUUGUUCUAAUGGAAUUAAUGCCUCAGGGUGAUCUUAAGACAUAUUUGCUCAAACAUAGACCAGAAAUGUCAACUGAUCCUUCUCUUAAACCUCCGACUUUAAAGGUAUUUGCUUUAAAAGCAUUUAUAAUUUGUUCUUUAUGUAAAUUAUUUGUUUAACAGGAUACUUUACGUAUGGCUAUUGAAAUUGCGGAUGGAAUGUCAUACCUUUCAUUCAAAAAAUAUGUUCAUAGAGAUUUAGCAGCUAGAAAUUGUAUGGUUUGUGAAAACAAUGUUGUUAAAGUCGGUGACUUUGGUCUUACAAGGGAUAUUUAUCAAACAGAUUAUUAUAGAAAAGGUAAAUAAUUAUUGUUUUUGAAUGUUUUGAUAAUUAAUGAAGUGUAGAUUUUGGUUCAGAUUCCGAAGGUAUGAUGCCAAUUCGAUGGAUGGCUCCAGAAAGUCUUCAAUCUGGUCUUUUCACUUGUUUUUCUGAUGUUUGGAGUUAUGGUGUUGUGCUAUGGGAAAUGGUGACUUUAGCAGCUCAACCAUAUAGGGUGAAUAUAAUAAUAUAUAAUAUUGUACAUUUCUAGCUUAUUUAUUUUUACUAUUAUUAAUGAAUACAAAUUUUCCUAGGGUGAAAGUGAUAAGAAUGUGAUAUUAUAUAUAAGUAGUGGUGGUAUUAUGGAAAAACCAGAUAAUUGUCCAGACAUUUUAUAUGAUUGUAUGAAGCUAUGUUGGCGUUUUAAAGCUUCAGAGCGCCCUACAUUUGCUGAAAUAGUGAAGAUGUUCUUGCCAUGUGCUCGGCCAGAGUUUGCAAAAUUAUCCUUUUAUCAUAACGAAUUACAAUCUGAAAUUCAAAGACAAGAUGCAUCUGAAAAUGGUAUCACAGAGACAGAGAUUUCAGAAAGAGAGCGUAAGCAAAUUGAACGAGACAAUAUAACUAAAGUAUUAGCAAAUCAAGCACAUUAUUGGGGAGGACCAUCUUUGCCCCUCGAGCGGUUGGCACCAAAAGCAAAUCUUGAAGAAGAUGAUGAUGAUGAUGAUGAUGAAGAAGACUCUGAUAAUGAGCUGCAUCAGACACACAUUGAAAACAUAGUGUGCAAGAGGCCACCUAAUGGAUAUAUGUCCGUACAUAAUGGUAAUGGUAUAAAUACCACUUUAUGCUGACCAUAAUUUUAUUUUUAUUUUUUUUUUUUUAAUAGAAUUAAUUUUUUAGAUCAAAAUUUCUUUUAUAUUGUGGUAUAUUUUGUUUUUAUAUUUAUAUAGUUCCUAAUUGUUGUGUCAAAUAUGCAGAGAUGGGUCUAUGUUAUAUAUACAGAAGUUAAUUUUACAUACAAUUCGUACAGUUUAUAUUUUUUAAAUAUUCAACAAUUUAUUCUGAAACUACAUAAAAUGAAGAAAAAUGUCUUAUUAAAAUAUUAAUAUAUUAUAAAUGUAAACAGUUUCAAAAUUUUAUAUUUUUAAAUUUAUUUCAAAUUAUGAGAAAUUCAAAUAAACCUGCACUAGUUUUUUUUCUAUUACAUUAAUGAUAUGGUUUAAAUUAAUUUAAGCCUUCAAACAAAUGUUUUUAAAACACAAACUUCUUUGGUAGGAGGAAGGAUUAUAUUUUUCUUUAAAUGUGUAUGUUUAUACUUAAGUAUGUACCGCAUAAACUUGUUUUAGUGAUUAUCAAUACUAAAUGAAUGCAAUAUUUAGAGUUCAAACAUGUAGUGCUAUUUUUUAAAAAUAUCUGAUUUAAAUUUAUCAUAUAAAAUAUAUUGCUCCUUACAGUACUGAAACUAUACAAGUUAUGUAUAAAUGAAAAAAUAAGUGGCUGAUUAUAUUGAAAUUUAAAAAAGUUAAAUUUUGUAUUAAUCCAUAUCACUCGUAGUAUUAAUUAAACAAUGUAAAAUGUUCAAAUCGUUACAUAUAAAAUACUAUUAUAAAUAUUUUCAUUUUUCUAUUUCACAUUUUUCAGAUAUCUAUACUAAUUAAUUUAAAAACAUUGUAUAUUAACUAAAUGCAUUUUUAUGUGAUUUCCUUCACUUUUAUACAUUAAAAUUGACUCAUUAUUCUUUUUUUUUUAUUAUUAUAAAGUAUAUUAACUUAAUGAAUUAUUGACUGUUUAACUUGAGUGGAAGUUAAAUUACUAUACAUUUUAAUCUUACACAUUUUCAGAAAAGCAAUUUAAAAAUAAUUUAAUUGAUUUUAAUAGAUAAAAUAUUUUUUGGGACCAUAAUCUUUUUUUUACAAAAUGUUAUUCAAUCAGAAAGUUGUCAUUUUAUUAAAUGGUUUUAAUUAUUUUUGUAGAUAUUAUUUUUCAAAAAAAAAUUAUCAUUUAAAUUUAUUCAUGAGUUUAGAGACCUAAAUUAAACCUAAAUGUCUCAUUUUAAGUUUUUGUAUAUUUGUCCAUAUAUGCUAUUUAAUAGAGGUACAGUAAAAUAUAUGGAUAUAAUAACAUACUCUCAAAUAUUAUAUUACAUUUUUACCUGUAAUUAUUUAUAUUUUGAAUAAUACUUUUAUAUAAAAUUUAAAUUUGAUUAACAUGCUUCAGUUUGUGUACUCACAAUUUAUAUUUUGGUUAUUAUGAAAUUGUUAUUUUUUUAUAUAUAUUGUAUAAAAAAUGUAAAAACAAAUUAUUUGUAUAAUAUAUCACCCAUCUCUGCAAUAUUUAUUUAACAUUUUGUUUUUUAAUUCCUGUGAGUUACUCACCACAUGGGUAAAAAUCAAAUUGAAAUUGCUCAAUGCCAAAGCCAGUGUAUUUUUUUUUUUUUCAAGUAUAGGUUUAGUUCCUUUUUUUCUUUUCUUUCCACAGGUGUGCAAUUUAAUAGUCUAUAGUUUUUUUAUUAUUAUUAUUAUAUAAAAACAUAUUCCUAUAAGACUGUCUUUUAUAAAUAAAACUACUUAUGUAGUUUCCAUAGUUCACAUAUAGUAAAGUUUAACCUUUGUUACCUGAAGUUUAGAUAUAAGUAAAAUAUAAUAUGUAUAAUUUUAAUUUUUAAGACACAUUUCUGGUUCAGUUCCAAUAUGAAAAAGGAAAAAAAUGAGAAUUAAAUAUGUAGGUAAUUUGGUUUUAUGUAUUAAUUUAACUUAGUUAAAAAAGUGUUUUUAUAUAUAUACUUUUAUUUUAUAUUUUUUAAUAUUCAGUGUAAAUAUGUUUUAUUUUGAUUGUAGAUAAAUUGUGUAAACUAACAUAUUUUUUUUGUAAAUUAUAUAUACAUACAGAGUGAUCAAUCAUGUUUUCUUGUGUUAACUAUUUAGGUUAGGUGGGAAACAUGGUGGCCCACACUGUAUAUAUAUUUAUAUAUAUAUAUAUAUAUGAUAUGACAAGUAGUAAUUGUGAAUCAAGACCAAAUUAUUUUGUCAUAAUUAUAGUAAUAAAUAUAUAAUUAAAAUUGUUCCUAAUUUCAAUUUGUAGAUUCUAAACAAAUUCUUAAUUCCAAAUAUAUUUUGUAAUAAUAUUAUCACGUUAAAAACAGUUGGUUGGGAAA